CUCUCUCUGUCUCUCUCUCUCCCUCUCGCAGUCUGGUGGAGCCGCACACAAGGAUUAGAGGGUUGCUGCGAGUGUCUGCUCAAAGAAGGAAAGAGAGAGAAAGAGAAGAAGACAGAGGAAGAGAUAAGAAAGAAAGAAAGAAGAAAUCUCUUGAAAGGAUAGCCCUACUGUUCUGGAUAAGUGAGCUGAUUUAAGUUUUCUUGCAUAGGCGCUGCUUUCUGAUCUCACGCACACCAAGCCAGCACCCCUCAUUGCUGAGGCUUCACCUGGGGGAGGACACAUACAUGAGCCAAAGGACUAUAUAGGCUGGACGUCCACACAGGGAGCCAUGUGAGUGCCCCACCACCCCCCACUUCGCACCACAGAAGUCCCCCCCACAACCUGCACUCUGAUCUGGGGAGCACAACCAGGAUUUUCUCCCCCCCACAAGGAGCCUCCACUUCCAGUGCCUGUGUGGAUCUUCACUCCCAGGGAGGGGACUCUCUGGGCUCGGCGUACCCCAGCGCUUGACCACUCAUCUUGGGGCACUGGUCGGGGUGUGAGUGCCCCCCUGGUCUGGAGGGCCAGCCAGCCAGCACUCCAGCACCAUGGAUUACCUGUUUGGGAUUGUAGUGCUGCUGUGCGGGGCAGUGCAGGCAGGAAGGGGAGGGGAGCCCAAGCAUAACGUACCCAGGCUAAAGCUCUCGUACAAGGAGAUGUUAGAGUCCAGUAACCUCAUAACCUUCAAUGGCUUGGCCAACAGCUCAAGCUACGACACUUUCCUAUUGGAUGAGGAGCGAGGGAGGCUAUUGGUUGGAGCCGAGGACCAUAUCUUCUCAUUCGACCUGGUCAACAUCAACAGAGACCACAAGCAGAUUGCGUGGCCUGCAACCCCCUCCAAGAGGGAUGAAUGCAAGUGGGCAGGGAAAGAUCUUGGGAAAGAGUGUUCUAACUUCAUCCGAGUCCUGCAACCGUACAACCAGACGCACCUGUACAUCUGUGGCACAGGGGCCUUCCACCCAAUCUGUGCUUAUCUAGAAAUGGGCAAAAGAGCAGAGGACAACAUCUUUCGACUGGCAUCGCAUUUCGAGAAUGGCCGCGGAAAAAGCCCCUAUGACCCAAAGAUGCUGUCAGCCUCACUCCUGAUUGAUGGAGAGCUGUACUCUGGCACAUCUGCGGACUUCAUGGGAAGAGACUUUGCUAUCUUCCGUACCCUAGGAGAUCAUCAUCCAAUCAGGACUGAGCAGCAUGAUUCAAGAUGGCUCAAUGAUCCCAGAUUUGUGGGUGUAAACUUGAUCCCAGAGAGUGACAACCCUGAGGACGAUAAGAUCUUCCUGUUUUUCAAAGAGAACGCCAUGGAUGGAGAGCAUACUGGCAAGGCUACCAUCGCCAGGAUAGGACAACUGUGUAAGAAUGACAUGGGAGGUCACAGGAGUCUGGUGAACAAAUGGACCACUUUCCUCAAAGCCCGACUAAUGUGCUCAGUGCCUGGGGCUAAUGGCAUCGAUACACACUUUGACGAGCUACAGGAUGUGUUUCUCAUGAGCUCCAAGGAUCCAAAGAAUCCAGUCAUCUAUGCUGUUUUCACCACAUCAAGUAACAUCUUUAAAGGCUCGGCAGUGUGUAUGUACAACAUGGCAGACAUCAGGAGGGUCUUCCUGGGUCCAUAUGCCCACAGAGAUGGACCCAACUACCAGUGGGUGCCCUUCCAAGGGAGGGUUCCUUACCCACGCCCAGGAACUUGCCCCAGUAAGACAUUCGGCGGUUUCGACUCCACCAAAGACCUACCUGAUGAUGUCAUCACCUUCGCCAGGGGCCACCCGGCCAUGUACAACCCAGUACACCCAGUGGGGGGCCGUCCCAUUGUGGUGCGGACAGACGUGGACUACCAGUUCUCCCAGCUGGUGGUGGACAGAGUGGAGGCAGAGGACGGGCAGUACGAUGUCAUGUUCAUCGGUACAGACAUGGGUACAGUGCUGAAGGUGGUCACCAUCCCCAGAGAGAGCUGGCAUGACCUGGAAGAGGUGGUACUGGAGGAGAUGACUGUCUUCAGGGAGCCCACUCCCAUUACCGCUAUGGAGCUGUCCACCAAGCAGCAACAGUUGUACCUUGGCUCUGCGCUGGGCGUAUCACAGAUGCCUUUGCACCGCUGUGAGGUGUAUGGGAAAGCCUGUGCUGAGUGCUGUCUGGCCAGAGAUCCAUACUGCGCCUGGGACGGCACCGAGUGUUCGAGAUACUUUCCCACUGCCAAGAGGCGAACCAGACGGCAGGACAUCAGGAAUGGAGACCCUCUCUCCCAGUGCUCAGAUCUUCAGCAUCAUGAUGACAUGGACGGGCUGGGAGGCAGUGUGGAGGACAGGAGUGUGUACGGCGUGGAGAACAGCAGUAUGUUCCUGGAGUGCAGCCCCAAGUCUCAGAGAGCCCUCAUCUACUGGCAGCUGCAGAGGCCCAACGACGAUCGCAAGCAUGAGAUCAAGCUAGAUGAGCGUGUGCUCCGUACAGAGCAGGGCCUGCUGAUCCGCAGUCUCGCUCAGUCCGACACAGGCAUCUACCACUGCCACGCCGUGGAACACGGGUUCAUCCAGCCCCUGCUGCGCCUCAACCUCCAAGUCAUCCCCACCCAGAAGCUGGGUGACAUCUUACCUGGACUUACCGGCGCAGGCGGUGGGAUAGGUCACUCAGCCAAACACAGGCUGUGGUACCGAGACUUCCUGUCUCUCCUUGACCACCCAGACCUCAACAGUGUGGAGGAGUUCUGCGACCGUGUUUGGAGGAAAGAGCGCAAACAGAAGAGGACAAAAGUACCCGGCAGUAACGGUCAGGGCAAACCUGACAGCACUGGUGUUCCCAGCUCUGUGCUGAGGCCCAAAGCCCUGCCUCCCAACGCCCAGAAGCAGCAGGGCAGUCCGCCACAGAGCAGCCCAAGGGUCCAGGCUGGAGUUACAGCAGCGGAAGGGGCAGCACGGAGCCAAAACCCCCAGAGAGGCCCCCCAAACCUGGGUUCGGCGAGCGGUCAGGCACCUAAGGUCAACCAGAGGGCCCAGAAUGGCCAGAAGGCACAGAGCAGCCUGUCCGGGUCCCAAGUUGCGGGGGGCUCUCGGGCGAGCACCCAGCACACAGCCAAGUGGAGACGGAUGCAGGAAAACAAGAAGGGACGCAACAGGAGGACCCAUGAGCUCCAAAGACCUCCGCGCAGCGUCUGAGAGCACCUGAGCGCACGGAUGCACACAUACAACCAGAUUUACUCACACACACACACACACACAUGCUGUACAUGCACACUGACAAGCACAAACCCAUGCAUCCACACACGCAUCACACAUAGACGUUCUGUUGAUUGUGUAUCCAGUGACCCAUCCAGUGAAUUCUCUGUAACUGCAGCCGCAACAUAAACCCAUUCAUGACAGAAAAUAGGUUGAAAAACAUAAACUCGCCGACAUACAGUUGCAGUAAAGAAGGCUGUCAUUGAUAGACAUACAUACACAAACGCACACAACCUGUGAAGAGGACUCUGAGGACAAACAGGGCUGAAAAACUGGAAUGCAUACUGUAAAUGUGUGAGGACAUGGCUGCUUGCCUGGGAUGUUUCCUGGCAGACACAUAGCCCUCCUGUACAUAAGCUACUAAAAAAAGACUGGGACUAAAAUGGAGCCCUUCAUGUUUAGUGAGGAUAUUAUGUGUUCCAUAUACACUAUAAUAGCUACUUGUUAAGCAGAUGGACUUAAUACACUGACAGGACAUAAUUCUGGAGACGUUUAUAGAUAUAUGGACAUUUGAGGAAGCAGAAAUGUACAUUCGCUGCAACCCACCCUCUUUGACCUGAGCAUGUGAACCGCAAGAUUGUGUAAAAAAAGAAAAAACAAAACAAAAAAAAAAAAACUCUGAACUGUCUAUCAGGAACCCGCCAUCUAGUCUUUCAAGUCAUUCAAGUGGCAACAGAGCAACAACAGCAUCUUUUCAAGGAGGGAACUGUGCUUUGGAUCACAGUUUGGAGAGUCACCAAGAGUACUUUAGGCGCACACACACACACACACACACACACACACACAGUUUGCGCUUUUCGGGCAAAAGUUCAGUGGUCGAAAAAGAGGCUGGUUUACUUUGUCGGGCCAGUGAUCCACAUCAGCGCCCCUCAUGUCUGGAAAUGAAUAGAAGCAUUAUUACAUGCAAAACUGCAAAGUCAUGCCUUGGUGCAGGAAAAAAAAAUGUGCUGCAUCAUGACCCUCUCCACCCAAGGCUGGGAAAGCGUUGUGCAUGUUGUUGUCAAUCAAUGUUUCAAUAAGCUAGUUCUUGCCAGUUAUUUUAUGGAAUUCUAGAGGCUUUGUUUGUUUUGUUUGUUUUUACACCCUAUCUAAAAAAAUGUUACAUUUUUCUUUUAUAUUUACUUUCUUUUCCACUCAAACCAGUGCUUCUGUUUUUGGGCAAAAAUGCAAGCAACAUUGUAGUCUCAUUUCGCAUUAUCCCUUUUGUUCCCAAGCAUUCUGUGUUAAGUUAUUAUGUUUUUGUUUUGUUUUGUUUUGUUUUGUUUUUUGUUUUUUGUUUUUUUUUUUGUUUUUUUUUUUCAGGGAUUGAUAGACUUUGGGCACGAAUUCCAGUUGUAGGCUAUGCUAAAACUCAGUCUUAAUUAGACUGCCAGUUGUUCUGUGUACAUAUAAACAACAAACUUAACUCUUUGUGUAUGUACAUAUAUACAGUACAAGAACACCACUUGAUUAUUAUUUAUUGCUCAUUGUUUUGUGAAAGGGUUGCAUUUAUUUUUGAUAUUAUGGUAUUUUUGGCUCAUCAAUAUUGGAGAAUAAUGGCAACAGUAACUAAAAUGACUUCAAUGGACCAACUUGCUGCGUCUGUGUCAAGGAAUCCCUUUUUGGGGAUCGCACGCGUCGAAAAUGAUUUACGUUCAGGAGCAUGUGAGUACUGGGGUUUGUGUCACUGAUCAAAUCCAAGUCUUGAUAGAAAUCCCGACAAUGAUAAGCACAAUUCUGUCAUUUUGCUGCAUAGCAGAUUUUCUCUCUCUUUUGCCUUUCGUAACGGGUGAUGUCAUGCCUUUUUUUCUUUUGUCCCCAAAACCCAUUCGACAUUUCAUUCAUUCAUCCAGUAGCCAUUAUAUGUAAAAUAAUACCCAAAACUGAAAAACAUUAGCUGUGAAUCUCUGUAAGAAAUAGUGCGGAAAAAUGUUAAAACUAGUCUGAGGAGAAGACGCGUUAUACUGCAUGUGAAUGCUACCUACAGUAAGUGCAUCUUUUUUAUCGUCUCUUUACGUGUUUUGUGUGAGAGGUAAAGUUCCCUGAAGCAAGGUGUGAAUUACUUUUGUCCUUUUGCCAAAACAGUGACACCACCGCCUUGAGAUACUCUGGCCAAAAACUGAUCGAGAACCAAGCUCCUUAAUCUUUUUAUUUGACAGGGUUACCCCCGUCCCGUCUCCCCGUCCCCUCAAUACAUGACAAGAGUGAUGUGUCGAUGCAAUAAAUUACAGCAGAUCGGUGUUCUCUACGGAAACUCAAAAGUUUGUUGUGUCCCUACUUCCGGUCUCUCCCUCAGAGUUAGAAAAGUGAGAGAGCUGAGAGUUAUCACUGCUGUAACAAGGUUCUUUCUGGCAUGCAUUCAGUUGUCUAAAUAAACAUCUCCUUUAA